AUGCACGAAACACCCUUCGAACUAAAAUCAACCAACCUCAAAGCUCUAUUGAAAUGCUCGUCGGAACCGUCCGCGCCGAAGAAAGAUGACCGACUCAAGACUGCGCUGAGUCCGAUGCGUCGCACUCCGCUUCGGUCCUUCAUUCGGCCAGAACGCUCUGCGAUAUCCUCAAUUCUCGACACUUAUAACAUGAUUCAAAAGCCUUGGGUGCUCGAUGAGAAGACCUGGGGCCGCAUCAACAAGCUUCCGCCUGCCCAGCGACAACACGGCCUCCUCUCGUAUCAGCACCACAAUCACAACUCCUUCAAAGUACCUUGCUUCAGCGCCCUUCUAUCUUGGAGCUCGCCAUCAUUGCACUCGACGUGCAAGCAAAAACUGCGAUGGCUGCGUGCUCAUGUGUUCGAGCACGCUUUGGUCAAGCGCAAACACGCUGCAGUGGCAUCGUUGCCCUUCCUCGACUGGCUAACUCUCCAGAUUCCUCUACGAGGAGAAGCGCUGGUCAUCUUCCUGAUAUCGCUCCUCAAUUUCCUGCCUCUUGUUGCCUUCUACGAUCUUUACGUCGGCGCCAACUUGAUUUACCCGGGAGCCUCCAGCAGACGUGACCAGAUCUGCCGGCAUCUGGCCGACCGAGCUGCUAUUCUAGGGACUGCACAGCUUCCGCUGCUCAUUCUCAUGGCGAGCAAGAGGACACCCUUGGCGAUUGUGUCGGGUCUCGGCAUGAACAGUCUUAUGCUUUACCACCGAUGGAUCGCCAGAUGGUUCUAUAUGCAUAUCCUCACACACGCCAGCGCCUACACCGCCAUUUACGUUCGAAGGCAUCGCUAUUCUGAGCUUUUAAAGGAAACUUACAUCGCGUGGGGCAUCGUUGGUCUCUGCAUGAUGUCGGGUCUUGUCUUUCUUUCUCUUCGCGCUCUGCGUCAACGCUCGUACGAAAUUUUUGUCAUGCUCCACCUCGUGAUGGCUUUCUUUGCUGUUCUCGGCACGUAUCUGCACAUCACCUUGAUCGGAUCUCCAAAGUUCCAGAUGUUCAAGGUCAUGACCGAGAUUGCAGCCGCGAUGUGGGCUUUCGAUCGUGCCGUUCGGCUCGGCGUCCGCAUAUGGCUCUCGUUCUCUGUAACACGUCACGCCGCUUCGACCUCGAAGUCCGAAUCUCGCCUGAUCAAGUGUUCCACAGCAGAGAUCUGCACGUACGGCCAAGAGGCAGAGUAUUCGAAGCUCCGCAUCUCGGUUCCGGUUAGCAAGCUUCGCCUUCCCAAUAAGCAUAGCCUCCUUGGCAUCGCCGCUGGCGACGACAUCCGAAUCACCAUUCCCCGUCUACAGUUCGUCGGAGAGCAUCCGUUCACGGUGUUCGGCGUCGGCACCCGCUCGGAGGAUCCAGCUCAGGGCUACAUUGAUCUCCUCAUCAAGACCGAAGCCGGAUUGACACGCAAGCUUGCUCAUCACGUCGGCAAGUCUUCCGACGUCGAGCUGGCCAACCAGGAAAAGAAAGGCUCGAGCGUUGCUGUAAUGGUCGAGGGUCCAUUCGGAGUCGUUCCAGACAUUCAUGAAGCCACCGACUUGGUCCUGGUAGCUGGUGGCAUUGCUAUCACUUUCUGCUGGCCGAUCUUUGUGUCUGCGUUCAGGGUUCGAGCCACCUCGAAUCUUCGCUCAUGCAAGUUGAUCUGGAUUGUUCGCAAACAAGCUACGCUCGAGCUUUUGCGGGCGUCCUUUGCGGAGCUGGCGGAGGAGAUGAAGGCCGUAGGAGGGCUGAGAGAAUGUCGGAUGUCGAUGGACAUCUACGUGAGCUCUGACUGGCAGCAAGAACGCAUCAAGCCCACCUUCGACACUUCAUCGUCAAAGGAGUUGCCUGAUCCCAUGCCACCACGCUCGUCAUCUUCCCAUUCGAUCAAGGAAAAGAUAUCUCGAGUGCCGUCACAAGCCCACGGCGAAUGCUCGAGCCCUUCGGAUGAAUUCGUCGACGAGGUCGUAGAAUUGUCGAAGCUAUCGAUGGUUCCGCAACAGAAGCAGUCGGCCUGUCGAGAGAAGCGAGAAAUCCUGUUCGACGACCGAGCCGACGGCGAGCUUGUGCAGGUCACAAUCUCCUCUGGGCGUCCCGCGGAGCUGCCUGUAGCAUUGGUCGGACAUCUGGACGACAAGGCGCUGCGAGAUAGCAGAGGACUCAAGGUUUGCCUCUGUGGACCACCAAGUCUCUGCGACGACGUCAGAUUUGAAACGGUCAGCCUGAUGAAAAGAGGCAUCCACGUCGACUUGGUGGAAGACUGCUUCACGUGGUGA